AUGGCCCUGGGACUAAAAGAACGAUUUGAGAAGUUUCUACACGAAAAGAACCUCAUGACCGAUGCGUUGGCUAAAAUAGAAGCGAAGACCGGGGUGAGCAGGACCUACAUCGCUUUGGGUGUCAUUGGUUUCAUUGCCUUUUACUUGGUCAUCGGCUACGGGGCCUCGCUGCUGUGUAACCUCAUCGGCUUCCUUUAUCCAGCCUACAUAUCCAUCAAAGCCAUUGAAAGUGUCACAAAGGACGACGACACCCAGUGGCUCAUUUACUGGGUGGUCUACGGCGUGUUUAGCGUGGCUGAAUUCUUUGCAGAUAUCUUCCUCUCCUGGUUCCCUUUCUACUAUAUCGGAAAGUCUGCCUUCUUAGUUUGGUGCAUGGCCCCAUCUUCAUCAAAUGGAGCUGCUCUCAUUUACAACCGCAUCAUACGACCAUUUUUCCUGAAGAAUGAGGCCAAAAUUGACGACGUGGUACUGAACUUGAGAGACAAGGCGACAGAUGCUGCUGGAAAGAUUAGAGAAGAAGCUAAAAAAGCUACAGCGAACCUGAUCUUCGAAGAAAAGAAAAGCACCUGA